GCUGGCGUAACGAUGGACGAUGAUGGCCGAAAACUGUAAGUGCUGUAAAGCCGCGUCGUUGCCACCUAUCAUGCUAACACAGGGAUCCACAAAAGUUAUGUAGGAACGGAGGAAGGAAUUACUGAAUUCUACGUCAAUAUUCAAGAGAGGAAGUUCUUCCCAAAGUUUCUACCAUGCUGAAUUCCGAAAAUGGACCCGGAAUCAGUGCCCGUGCAGGAGCGCGCCCCCAACAGCCAUGUCACUCAUCUUCAGCCUCGUUUUUGGUAGUACAUAUGAUCAUUUCUACCACUCUUUUUUCUUUUUUUCUAAUUUUCAGGUCGGGUUGGUGCAAAAGUGGACUGUACAACUUAUCUGAAAGGAAUCCAGCUCUCGGGGCGUUAUUAUCGAUUGGGAGAGCGGUGGUCAACUCAGCUCAAAUGAUCACCUCCCCCACGAAUUCACUUCUUGAAAAUACAGGCCCUUUAUGUAUUGAUAUUUUGGUUGAAAAACUUCAUCAUAUCUACCUAGUAAUUAUUUUAACUUUUUUUUCUACUGUAAUUUCGACCUCGUCUUGACGUAUAUCCAUCUUGUGCUUGGCCAUUGUCG